GAUCGCGUAAACGAUCAGGCACCGAUUGCCUCGGAGAACGGAGAAUCUCUCUCCCUGAUCUACACUUGCCUGUUUGGAAGAGGGCUUGUUUUUAAGAGCCGUAAUGUCUGAAACCAAUGACGGCAGGCCCUUUUUUGAUCAAUUUCCCUGGUUUCAACCAUGGGUUACUUUUCCAACAUCGACAACAAGCUCAAAUGCCUCUCAAGAAACUUAUACUGAAGCUGUCCCCGUCCGUUCUGUUGCUCCCACGACUGAACCAGACAACAAGAAGAAAAAGGAACUUUCUUCCAAAACCCCAAAAGGGCCAAACAAGACCACCCAGAGCAACUCUUCUAUUUCUAAGAAAUCCAAGAGAAAAACCAUGCUGAAACCCAAUGUUGAGAGGAAGAAUCUUGACAUUGUUUUUGAUGAAUCCAACUUUGAUUUUUCCAAGGUACCUCCUCCUGUAUGUUCUUGCACUGGUGUAGCUAGACAGUGCCACAAAUGUGGGAUUAGUGGAUGGCAAUCUUCUUGUUGCAACUCUAGAAUGUCUGUUUUUCCCCUUCCAAUGAGUCCAUGGAGGCCCGGGGCACGUGUGGGUGGAAGGAAAAUGAGCCAUGGUGCAUACCGGAAACUACUUUGCAAGCUUGCAAGCGAAGGUCACAAUCUUUCUCAUCCAGUAGACCUAAAGGCACAUUGGGCCAAACUCGGUACUAACAACUUCGUUACGAUUAAGUAAAUAUGUGUAACUGGUUGUUUAGUGGGCUUAUAACUUAUUAUCUGCUGUUUAGAAUAUUAGAAGUUGGGAAAAGGUAGUUGUAGAUAUGUCGGAGUCUGUCAUGAGUAUGUCUUUUUACUGUUUUCUAUAAGUAUGGUUUAUGUUAACUUUGUUUU